UAGGCGUUGAUAUCGUAGCGACUACGUGUCGUCAACGGACAGCUACGACGUAGCGAGCGCAGUGCCGCAAUGGAGGGUCGCGGGGAGAGCGCUGCGGGCGAGGGACGUACGAGGAGUUUCAUCCAGCAGUCCAGCACAGCACAGCAGUCAUGUCGCGCGCGUCGCACGCUGCUGUCGUGUUCGUAGUAACUCUACUCGCCUCACUCGUUGAGUGCAUGGAGGAAGGCUGCACGGACUGGGAGGGCAAACCAGUGGCGCACGGGCUGUUGUAUGUGCCCGGCCCGGGUGCCUGCUCACUCUGCGUCUGCUAUCACGCCGAGCCGAUGUGGUGUAAGGCCAUUUACUGCGACCCGCCCUACUUCUGUAAAAACUUCCGCGUUGGUGAGCGCUGUUGUGAGUUUGAGUGCCUGGACCCCCCGGGCGAAGACACACGUUAUCGGGAGCGGCAGCGUCUGCGCGCUCUGAUCCUGGCUGGUAACUCCUCCGCCGUUCAGCUCAGACCUUCACUUAGACUCCGAGCUGGUAUCUCCUUGCUGGCUGUGGCAGUUGCUAGACUCGUCUGAGACAGGGAGACAUUGAAAGUAUGAAAAAGUAUUGCGACAAUAAACACACAUAAUAAUGUGAUUAAUGAGCAGAUCAGCGAUGUUACUACAAUUUAAGCUCAUUUAACCAUUUUGUGUUUUGAGGUUAAAUUUUGUUCAAAUA